CGCCAACGUCGUCGCGCCGCCUUGGGCGGAGCGGCGCAGGAGGAGGCGCCGGCGCGGAGCCCGUCGAAGUCCUUGCCAGCCAGGGCGAGGCAGCUGCAGCGGACGCGGCGAUGGACGACGCGCUGGAAGCGGCCUCGGUUGCGGAUCUGGUGGGCCCCGAUGGCCAUGGCGACCGCUCUGCCUCGGGCUUCAGCCGCGAGAAGAUCCGCAGCGCCAUCGCAGCAGCCCGCGCCGAGGCAGGAGGCGACCGCCGCAGUGACAGCGGCGGGGUCAGCAAGAAGAAAUGGCAGCGGCUGCGCGCCCGCGCCCCUGCGGCCAGCCCGAGGCGCAAGGACACGUUCGAGAUCAUGGCGGUCAACGGGUCUGGCUGGGGCCCGCUCGCCCAGCUCUGGCAGGAGGAGGAGGCUGGCGCUGGGUUCGUGGAGAGCCAUCGCGCGGGCGCGUGGCUCGCCCAGGAGACGCGCGCGGGGGUGAAGGCCGGAGGCGCCCGCGCGGCUUCUGGCGGCGUCGGGGUCGCCGUCCACGCCGCGCGCGGCCCGGCCAGCGCCGGCACGGCGGGCGGCAACCGCGUGACUUUCAGCGACGGGCGCGGCAUCGUCGCGGUGGCGGGCACGGUCCGCCGCGGCGGCCUCGCCCUCGGCAGCAUCUGCCUCGCCGACGACACGGCGGGGGUGGCAUCCCAGUGGGCCCUCGUCGAGAUCGGCGACGCGCUGGUGUCCCAGGGCAGGCCGCGGGUCCUCGGCGGCGGCUUCAACGCCGCGCCUGACGCCCUCAAGGCGAAGGCGGGCUGGUGGCAGGAGGCCGCGCAGGGCGCCAUCGCGCAGUCGGACGAGGGCGAGACCUGCUUCCCGGCGCGGCGCGACGCCAUCGCGGGCGACGAGGCGCUGCAGGCCGAGGCGUCCGAGAGCGAGGACACCCGCUACACCAGGGCGCUAAUCCCCGACCGGGCGGCCGCCCUCCCGCCGCCGCUGGAGACCGAGGAGGCGCGGUGGAGCAGCGGCCACGGCUGCGCGGCCUUGGCGCGCGCCAGCUCGGCGAUGCGCGGCGCGGCGGGGUCCGGCCCGCGGCGCAGCGCGCGGCGCCUGGGCGCGAGCGCGGGCGAUGUCCUGGCCGCGGCCCGCGCCCUGCGCUGGGGCCUGCUAGGCGCGGACGGCGUCUUCGAGAUCAGGACGGACUGCGAGCUGCUCGUGGCGGGCUUCGCCGCGGGCAAGGCCUGGCGCUGUGCGCGGGGCCGCCCGCGCCUGGAGGUGCGACGCGAGUUCUGGCAGGCCGUGGGCGGCUUCGGCGGCCGGCAGCACGCGCGGGCCACCAAGGGCAACCGCGCCGCGGACGGCUUCGCCAAGAAGGGCGCGUGGCCCCGCCGCGCGCGGGGGGCGGCGGCGGGGCGCGUCGAGCUGGCCGACGCGGUCGCGGCGGCGACGGCCCGCUUGUUCGGCGAGGCGCUGCAGCUGGGGAGCGCCGCCCUCGCGCGGCCGACGGCGCGGGCGCGGGCGCGGCGGAAUCCACUUGCUGCGGGCGCGGAUGCUGGCGGCGGGGCGCC